GAUUAGGACCGUUGCGAGACGGCUGGUUCCAAGUGAGCCAGGUCGCGGGGGGAGGGAAGCGGGCCUGUACGCGAGGACCGCGGCGCCCUUUGCGCGCGGGGACUGGAACUGGGGCCGCGGUUCCUGGGACCAGCCCUAGCCUGCGGGACGGCGGGGGCUGACCUGUGCCGAGAUCCCAUUCCAGCACGCGCAGUCUGCUGCGAGUCCCUGGCGUCCCCUCCGGCGUGCUCUUGGAGCCACUUUCCCGAGCGGAAGUCAGCCUGCGGCUCCGGCCCUGGUGGGACCUGCUCGGAGGAAUGGCGUCGCCGGGUGCAAGCACUGUCUUCCUGUUGGCCCUGACAAUCCUAGCCGGUACCCAAGCUCUGACGCCCACUCACUACCUCACCAAGCCUGAUGUGGAGAGACUGAGAGCCUCACUGGACCGCCCUUUCACGAGUUUGGAAUCAGCUUUCUACUCCAUCGUGGGACUCAGCAGCCUUGGUGUCCAAGUGCCAGAUGUAAAGAAAGCGUGCGCUUUCAUUAAAUCAAAUCUUGAUCCCGGCAAUGUGGACUCCCUUUUCUACGCUGCCCAGUCCAGCCAGGCCCUCUCAGGGUGUGAGAUCUCUAUUUCAAAUGAAACCAAAGAUCUGCUUCUAGCGGCUGUCAGUGAAGACUCAUCUGUUACCCAGAUCUACCAUGCCGUGGCAGCCCUCAGUGGCUUUGGCCUUCCCUUGGCUUCCCAAGAAGCUCUCAGUGCCCUUACUGCCCGCCUCAGCAAGGAAGAGACUGUGUUAGCAACGGUCCAGGCUCUGCAGACGGCAUCCCACCUGUCCCAGCAGGCAGAUUUGAGGAGCAUCGUGGAGGAGAUUGAGGAUCUUGUUGCUCGCCUCGAUGAACUGGGAGGUGUGUAUCUCCAGUUUGAAGAAGGACUGGAAAUAACAGCAUUAUUUGUGGCUGCCACCUACAAGCUCAUGGACCACGUGGGGACUGAGCCAUCCAUUAAGGAGGAUCAGGUCAUCCAACUAAUGAAUGCAAUCUUCAGCAAGAAGAACUUUGAAUCACUCUCAGAAGCCUUCAGUGUGGCCUCAGCUGCAGCUGCGCUCUCUCAAAAUCGCUAUCAUGUGCCAGUUGUAGUUGUGCCUGAAGGGACUCCUUCCGACACUCAUGAACAGGCUAUCCUUCGGUUGCAGGUCACCAAUGUUCUAUCUCAGCCUCUGACUCAGGCCACUGUUAAACUAGAACAUGCUAAAUCUGUUGCUUCCAGAGCCACUGUCCUCCAGAAGACGUCUUUUACCCCUGUAGGGGAUGUUUUUGAACUAAACUUCAUGAAUGUCAAAUUUUCCAGUGGUUAUUAUGACUUCUCUGUCAAAGUGGAAGGUGACAACCGUUACAUUGCAAAUAGUGUAGAGCUCAGAGUCAAGAUCUCCACUGAAGUUGGCAUCACAAAUGUUGAUCUCUCCACUGUGGAUAAGGAUCAGAGCAUUGCACCCAAAACCACUCGGGUGACGUACCCAGCGAAAGCCAAAGGCACAUUCAUCGCAGACAGCCACCAGAACUUUGCUUUGUUCUUCCAGCUGGUAGAUGUGAACACUGGUGCUGAACUUACUCCUCACCAGACAUUUGUCCGACUCCAUAAUCAGAAGACUGGCCAGGAAGUGGUGUUUGUUGCUGAGCCGGACAGCAAGAAUGUAUACAAGUUUGAACUGGAUACCUCUGAGAGGAAGAUUGAAUUUGACUCUGCGUCUGGCACCUACACUCUCUAUCUGAUCAUCGGAGAUGCCACUUUGAAGAACCCGAUCCUUUGGAAUGUGGCUGAUGUGGUCAUCAAGUUCCCUGAAGAAGAUGCUCCAUCGACUGUCCUGUCCAAAAACCUUUUCACUCCCAAACAGGAAAUUCAGCACCUGUUCCGAGAGCCUGAGAAGAGGCCCCCCACAGUGGUGUCCAAUACAUUCACUGCCCUGAUCCUCUCGCCCUUGCUCCUGCUCUUUGCUCUGUGGAUCCGGAUUGGUGCCAAUGUCUCUAACUUCACUUUUGCUCCAAGCACUAUCAUCUUUCACUUGGGACAUGCUGCGAUGCUGGGGCUCAUGUAUGUCUAUUGGACUCAGCUCAACAUGUUCCAGACCCUGAAGUACCUGGCCAUCUUGGGCAGUGUGACGUUUCUGGCUGGCAAUCGGAUGCUGGCCCAGCAGGCAAUCAAGAGGAUCGCUGCAGAGCAGAGCAGUAGAUUGGCAAAAUAUAGGACACUACGAACAGCACACUAGUGCCAGAAAGGAGGAAGGAAUGAAUGAAAGCCAAAAAUGAAUAUGAAUAUCCAGAAAAGGAGUCAAGAACAAUUCACAGUUUGUAAAGAGAAACGAAAAUUUAUUUAAACAAAAAAGUCAGAAUUGUGGUUACACUUUUGCUUGUUGUUUUUUCUAUUUCCCCAACACAGAGUGAAUACCUAUGAGGCCCAAUACUCCGUUUCUUUGGCAUGGUGUCCUAGCCAGAUGCUGUGAAUAUUCCUAACUUAGCUGCCAGCUGUUGCAUUUGAAAAGUUGAAAUUUGUAAUUAGUCUGUUUUGGAAUAAAGAGAGUAACAGGAAGAGGA